AUGACUGGCUCAGUUCUCGAAGAGACACGUACUAUCAAGAUUAAAUGGCCUUCUCUCGGCAUCACUGUGACUGCCUUGAUGAACGUCAUGGAAAACUCGCAGCUCAUUGACCUACUUUUUAGGUGUCUCCCCUACCGUUCCCUUCAAAGCCAUGCAUUGGUGUCUGGUGACCAUCUGUAUCACAUCAUCCCCCAGGAGGAGCUCAUCCACACUCCUGCCAUUCAUAAGGUUCCGAACAGGGCCGACACGCCCGACGGGACCGUGUUUCUCUCCAGGAAUCAGCAUAUGGCAAUCAAAUAUGGCCCUCUGUCCGAGUACCUCCCAGCUGCACCAUGCGGGAUGGUCAUCCCUGAAGACAUACCCAAGUUGCGAAACGCCGGAGAUGGCUUAUGGCGUGCCUGCUAUGAAACCGCCCAAGCUAUUGAUGUGGUGGUUUGGGAUGCCACUCAGCCUGAACCAGUGGGGAGUCUUCCUCUCCAAAUUCAGCGGACAGGUGUCAAUGAAGAAGUCAAGAAUAUUAUUCGCGAGAUUCAUGUGAAGACCAACAGGUCGUGGUCCGGGCUGUCUGAGGACCUUGAAAUCGUGCACAAGGGUCUAGCGCCUUCCGGCGCAGGCUCGAAAGGUUCUUAUUUUCAUACGAUGGUCUUCCUGCAAGGGCAAAUAAGAGCGCUAGGGUAUACCGUCUUAAAUAACAUCAUUCGGAUGGCGGCAACGCAACCUCACUUCGGCCUAGAACACCUGAUCACAAUGUACAGAGUCUUGGGUUCGCCAAUUGCCGAAUUUUGUGGUUAUAUGGGUACUGACUCUCUUUUGGAGAUGUACGAAGCGAUUGAUGCUGCGAUUAAGCACGGCAUUGAGAAUAACCCCAACCAGGUGGUGGCUCGGGAAGACUUUCUAGCCAUGGUCAGUGCAUUUGCGCAGUACGUUACUCUGCUCAACGCACAGAGUUUGCAACUCUUCCCCUGGAGACACGGAGAGGAUCACCGGAUUGCACUUCCCGCACCCUGA